GAGUGCAAUAUAAAUGAUCUUUUUCAAUCCAAGGCCUCACCACCUUCUACACCACUACAUUAAAUCUUAGUACCAAGUCCGCAUGACAAUAUUUAUGAUUCUUCAGCAGCCUAGUGCUAUAUCUAUCUGACAACAACGCACUUUAUAAUUUUAAUAUGCUUCCGACUCCAAAAGAAACUAACCACAACAUGUAAAUAUCAAAUUAUACUGUUGCUAAAGCGUAACUUGUUCUGGAAUGUACGUUGGACAUCUAGCUCAUUCAACAAUAAAGCCUUUUGUCCUAAAAAAUUAUGCAAUGGGCUUGGACCACUUAUGGCGCAGAGCAUAUCAUGUCACGGUUAUCAGGGGUGUAGAAAUGGUCGGGGCACCUGACAAGCUUUCAAAAAUCCGGCCAUACAAAUGCACAACAGCACCUGAAGCAACCCAACUAGAAAAACGGCUCAACAUGCUGAAAACAGAAACUCAACAAUGGCAUCAUAGUUUCUGGAGCAAACACAAUGAGAGAUUUAAUCAAGGGAAAGAAGAAUAUAUUAAAAAUCAUAAGAAAUAUUUAUCAUCUAUGAAUAUAGGAGAUGCGAAACAAACUUUAAAUGCAGAAGACAUGGCAAUGUUUCAUAAAAUGUUUUUGAAACAAAAUCACUCUCUGAACACUCAGUAUGACAGGGAAUGGAGAUACAGAAAUAGAAAAAUCCUUCUUUUGAUGCUAAAAGUUGAAUUGCAAAAACAGUUUCACAAAUUGAGAAAAAAAUUCCUCUGACCCCAUCACAUCAUCGCAUGCCUAACUGAUGACUGCGUUCAAGAUUUAACUAAAAAUUGGGUGGAGAUUCUGGUAUAAUUGGAAUUUGAAUGAGCUUUUUGAAAUAUAGCAUAUUGCUGCAUUGAUAAUAAAAUUUUUUCAACUUUUCAUAAAGA